GAGGAGGGAGCUGUCAUGUCCCGAGGAGGAGCAGCAGGACGUGGCGCUGCCAAGCCCCAGGACCAGGGAUGGGCAUGGAUGGUCCUGCUGGCUGCAGUGGUGCUGCAGGCGCUGACACUGGGCUUCUCCUCCUGCUUUGGGGUCUUCUUCACGGACCUCCAGCACGAGUUCCAUGCCAGCAACAGCGAGACAUCGUGGUUCUCGUCCAUCAUGGUGGCUGUGCUGCACGGAGGGGGGCCCCUCUGCAGCAUCCUGGUGAAGCGGUUUGGUUGCAGGUUUGCAGUGAUGCUGGGAGGGCUGCUCAGCGGGCUGGGAAUGGUGUCCAGCUCCUUCUGCAAGUCCAUCAGCCAGCUCUACCUCACAGUUGGGCUCAUCACCGGUCUGGGAUCGUGUUUCAGCUUCCAGGCAGGGGUGACUGCGCUGGGCUGCUACUUUGUGCGGUGGCGAACACUGGCCAACGCCAUGGCCUCCACCGGCGUCUCCCUCGGCUUCACCCUGUGGCCGCUGCUGUCUCAGUACCUGCUGGAAGAGAUGGGCUGGAGAAACACCUUCGUCAUCUUUGGAGGAAUACUCCUGAACUGCUGUGUCUGUGGAGCCAUCAUGAGACCCAUCGGGUCACUUCCACAGCCACCCGAGCCUGGAGAGGAGCCAGGCAGCAAAGCAGAGGAGGCACAGCUGUCCAACGGAGUGUCUCCUCCCCACCCCACACUCCAGCAGCAUGCCAGAAGGACAACAUGUUUCCAGGUGCUGCAAAAGUACCUGGCUUUUGACAUCUUCUGCCAAAACAAACGUUACCAGAUUUACACUAUUGGAGUGGCCUGGAUGAUGAUGGGGUUUGCAUUGCCCCACAUCUACCUUGUGCCUUAUGCCAUCCACAAUGGGGUGGAGGAAGGCAGGGCAGCUCUUCUAAUCUCCAUCAUCGGGUUCAUCAACAUCUUCAUCCGCCCUCUCACAGGGCUGCUCUCGGGGCACAGGGUGUUCACAGGGAGGCGCAUCUACCUGUUCAGCCUGGCCGCGCUCCUCUGCGGGCUGAGCAACUUCAUCUGCAUCAUAUCAGCCGAGUUCAGAGUCCUCAUCCUCUACUGCGUCAUCCUCAGCAUCUCCAUGAGCGGGGUGGGGUCACUCACCUUCCAGGUGCUGAUGGAUGUGGUGGAGAUGGACAGGUUCUCCAGUGCUCUAGGGCUCUUCACCAUCGUGGAGAGCGUCACUGUCCUCAUCGGGCCCCCACUCACAGGUCUCCUGGUAGACAUAACCGGUGAUUUCCUCUACGUCUUCCACACCUCGAGCUUCUUUCUGAUAUCUGCUGCAUUAUUUAUGGGGCUCAGCUUCUGUGCUCUGGAAAAAAAAAACAAAUUGAGAGAGGCUUCCAAAGUACCUUUGAGUAAUCCCUCCAGAUAUCCAUACAGCGAAAAGCCAAGUGAUCCACAGGCCGAAAGUCAACCCCCUCCAACAGUCGUGUACGUCACCAGCAUAUGA